AUGUAUAGUAAACGCAUAGAAAAUUUACGACCUUUUCCUUCAAAGAACCCUAAGACAGCGCUAAAGCAGCAGGAAAGAUUUCAACGUGCCUGCAGACGUAUUUUCACGACUAAAACGAUUUCAACAUCAACAUCAUCAAGUUCUAAAGAGGUCAAGAAAGCUCUACAAGCACAAGCCGAUAUACUCACAAAAGAAAACCUCAUUGUAACGGGUACUCCAGCUUUCCUGCAAAAACCCAUUCAACUUAGACAAGCUCACGAUAAAGCUGGGUGGAAGACACCAAGUAACAAAAAGACGUAUUAUGUAGCUCCUCCACCAUCAUCAACAAUUAAAAACACCUCUGUUUCUGUCAAUUCUGAUCAUACCUGA